CAGCCCCAGGCUCCGGGAAGAAGGAAAGGUGGCCUGAUAACCAUGCCAUUCAUCAUAGCAAAUGAAGUAUUUGAGAAGGUGGCAAGCUAUGGGCUGCUUCCCAACAUGAUCCUAUAUCUGAUGACAGAUUACAACAUGGGCAUAGCCAAGGGGACCCACUUGCUAUUCUACUGGACUGCAGCUAUCAGUUUCUUGCCUCUUGUUGGAGCUUUCCUCUCAGACUCUUACCUGGGUCGAUUCCUCACCAUUGGUUUUGGUUCCAUCUCUAGUCUCCUGGGUAUGACCCUCCUCUGGCUGACAGCCAUGCUUCCCCAAGCAAGGCCGCCUCCAUGCAACCAAUUAGCCACUAACUGCGAGUCCCCGACAUCUGCCCAAUUUGGUCUUCUAGUUUCUUCAUUUGCUCUCAUGUCCAUUGGAGCUGGUGGGAUUAGGGCAUGUUCUUUAGCAUUUGGUGCAGAACAGUUGGAUAAAAGUGAGAACCCAAAAAAUGAGAGGGUCUUGGAGACCUUCUUCCGCUGGUACUAUGCUUCUACAGCUCUUCCUACUCUGGUUGCUUUGACGGGCAUCGUUUAUAUUCAAGAUCACAUGGGAUGGAAAGUGGGUUUUGGAGUUCCAGCAGUUCUCAUGUUUUUAUCGGCCUUCCUUUUCUUCCUGGGUUCUCCACUUUAUAUUAAGCACAAACCCAACACAAGUUUGUUCACUGGCUUUGCCCGAGUACUCGUUGUUGCUUACAAGAACAGAAAACUUGCAUUCCCACCUUCAAACUCGGAUGGGUGGUACUACCAUGACAAGGACUCAAAGCUUGUUGUGCCAACUGAUAAACUAAGGUUUUUAAAUAAAGCUUGCAUAAUUAGAAGUCCUGAAAAAGACAUAGACCCAGAUGGAUUAGCCUCAAAUCCAUGGAGACUCUGCACUGUAGAGCAAGUAGAAGAGCUCAAAGCACUCAUCAAGGUCAUUCCACUGUGGUCAACUGGGAUCAUGAUGUCAAUAAACACAACUCAAAGACUAUUUUUCUUAGUGCAAGCUAAUUCUAUGGAUAGACACAUCACUUCAAACUUCCAAAUUCCUGCAGGUUCAUUUGGAAUGUUUUCAAUCAUUGCUUUAGCAAUAUGGAUUGCUAUCUACGAUCGUGUGUUCCUUCCCUUGGCAUCAAAACUCAGAGGAAAACCUGUGCGGCUUAGCACAAAAAAAAGAAUGGGAAUUGGGCUAUUUUUUUCUUGCAUGGCCAUGAUAGUUUCAGGCCUUGUUGAGCAUAUUCGCCGGAGAAGAGCAAUUCAUGAAGGAUUUCUGAAUAAUCCUCAUGGAGUAGUGGGUAUGUCGGCUAUGUGGCUCGUACCACAGUAUUGCUUGAAUGGUCUAGCUGAAACUUUUAAUGCGAUAAGCCAGACAGAAUUCUACUAUUCGGAGUUUCCCAAGAGUAUGUCCAGCAUUGCUUCAUCUCUUUACGGAUUGGGAGUGGCUGUGGCAAAUCUGCUGGCCAGUGUCUUACUGAGCACAGUGGAUAAUGCUACAAAAAGAGGAGGAAAGGAGAGUUGGGUUUCAAGUAAUAUCAACAGGGGUCAUUAUGAAAAUUACUAUUGGCUUCUUGCCAUAAUGACCUUCAUUAAUUUAGUAUAUUUCCUUCUCUGCAGUUGGGCCUAUGGACCUUGUGUUGAACAAGGCACAAAGACUGGAGAUGAGGGAAGAGAUUUUAAGCAGGAAGAGGAGCUUUUUGAGUAGCUCAGGAAGGAACAGAAACAUUUGCAAGUUGGUUGGACAAAGCACCAAAAAGGGAAAAUAGAAAGACACAAACAACAAAUACCUUUUUUAGCUUUUCUCCGCGGGCCCAUCUCUCUCUCUCUCUCCAUGAUUUACAGUUGUAUAACGGGCCCCUACAAAAUUUCUUUCAUUUCAUUUAGUAUAAUAUGUACACACGCACACAACAAAACUCUUGGACCAUGUUAGUUCACCCUCUCAUUUCUUUAAAAUAUAAAUAAAUAUAUUAUGGAAUAUCUUGAAA